AUGACUAUCAAAUUCACCGUAUACAAAGGCUCCAAGGAUGGAAUCAAACAGGCGGAGACUGAGAGGGAGGACCUCAAACGGGACGACGUCCUAGUACGAAUCACGCAUUCGGGAGUGUGCGGCACGGACAUCCACUACAAGUCAGCUGAGAUGGCCCUUGGUCAUGAGGGAACGGGCGUGGUAGAAGCAACUGGUCCAGACGUGAAGAUUAUGAAGAAAGGCGAUCGUGUGGGUUGGGGCUAUGAGCAUGACUGCUGUGGCUUUUGCAAGCAAUGCCUCACGGGCUGGGAGACAUUGUGCAGUGAGCGAAAAAUGUACGGCUUGAACAAUCUCGAUCAGGGAUCUUUCGGCACCCAUGCCGUGUGGCGCGAAGCCUUUUUGUUCAAAAUCCCGGACAACAUGACCAACGAGGAUGCGGGACCAUUGAUGUGUGGCGGAUCGACUGUUUUCAACGCCCUCCAUGUUGCGGAGGUCCGUCCGACCUCUCGUGUUGGUAUCGUCGGAGUAGGAGGUCUGGGACAUCUGGCUAUUCAGUUCGCCGCAAAGAUGGGAUGUCAGGUCGUGGUCUUCUCCGGCACAGACAGCAAGAAGGAGGAGGCGAUGAAGCUCGGAGCCGGCGAGUUCUAUGCGACCAAGGGUGCGAAGGAGUUGAAGAUCAAAGCUCCCAUCGACAAUCUCAUUGUGACGACCAGCAGUCAGCCAGACUGGUCAAUCUACCUGAGUAUCAUGGCUCCCAGUGGCGUCAUUUCGCCUCUGUCUGUCGAUUCGAACGAUCUCAAGAUCCCAUAUAUGCCGCUGCUCGCGAAUGGUCUUCGCAUUCAAGGAGGAAUCGUGGGUUCGAGACAGGUCCACAAGGAUAUGCUUGAAUUUGCCUCAUACCACAGCAUCAAGCCUGUCAAGAUGACUUUCCCGUUGACGUUGGAUGGCAUCAAACAAAGCUUGACGACCCUGGAAGAAGGAAAAAUGCGUUACCGUGGCGUUUUGGUGGCAUCCUAG